UUUUUCAUAACUAUACUUUUAUUUCAUCCAUUCUGUAUUUGCCAAUUCUCCAUUUCAUGAGGUGGUGACAUACACAUAGUUGGAGACCGGCAUACCUCCUCACCUCAUAACAGUCAUGCCUCUCCUUGAGUCGCAAUCGGGGCCCAGCCCGCCAGCUGUGGCGAACUCGCGAUCCCGCCGGAUCCUCUUCCUGGACGCCUACGACUCCUUCACCAACAACAUCGUCUCGCUGCUCAAGGAGGCGCUGGGCGACGAUGUGCUGGUGCACGUGCUGCACAUGGACUUGAAGACGCUGCACGCGGAUCCCAGCCCGGACUGGACGCCGGAGGACUUCGUGGCUCGGCUGCCGUGCUUCGAUGCCGUGGUGUGCGGGCCCGGGCCGGGAUCGCCGCUGUGCGAGGCGGACGUCGGCGCCUUUCGGCUGCUGUGGGAGCUGCCCCGGGACAAGGCCGUGCCUGUGCUGGGCAUCUGUCUGGGGUUCCAGAGCCUGGUUGCGCAGUUUGGCGGGGGGAUCAGGAAGCUGAGGCGGGGACUGCAUGGGAUGGUGAGGCGCAUCGAGCAUCGCGAUGGCGACAUCUUUGCGAAUGUGCCCGAGUUUAGGGCGACGCUGUAUCACAGUCUGUGUGCGGACCUGGGACAGGAUGUGAUCUCGCCGGAGAGGUGGGAGACGGACAUGUGGCUGUCGCCAAAGGGGGCGCCCGAUCUUGUUCCGCUGGCGUGGACGGUGGAAGAGUACGAGGACGGGGCUGCCGAGCCGGAAAGGAUCCUGAUGGGAGUGAGGCAUGCGAAGCUGCCUUUCUGGGGAGUCCAGUACCAUCCCGAGUCGAUCUGCACGGAUCCUGCGGCGCAUGGAGUGCUGAAGAACUGGUUCGGCCAGGCGCUCAAAUGGAAUGAAUCAACGGGGAGAGAGAUGCUGCCGGUGGAUUCGGAGCAUAUUGCUGACAGCUUCGCUCCGUCUAUGAUUGUCGAGCGGAGCAUUGCUGCUCAAAGUCGGGUCGCAACUCAGAAAUGGUGGAGGGAUAUGCAGUCUGGCUUGGCUGCGUCGAGAUCAGCCCCCGUGUACUCCUGUCGUCGGAUCACCCUCCCAGACGGCGUGGAUGCCGCUGACGUUGCGGAAUUCCUAGGCGUGGGGGGUGCUGAUUCCAUCAUGCUUGAUUCGUCGAGCACCAUCAGCGGUGACCCCUUGGCUCGCAGCUCGAUUAUUGCGCUGGAGGUGGAUCAGGCUUUGCGGUUCGAAUAUCAUGUUGGGGAUAGCUGGGUGACUCUACGCCAGCCCGGAACCAGGGAUCAGGAAGAGGUGUGCCAGAGGAUAGAAAUCGACAGCAGCGACGAGCACGGUGCCUACGAUGUCUGGAAUGUCAUCUCCGAGUUUUGGCAGCAGCGCAAAGUAGCCGAGGAGGGUGGCCAAGAGCCGGCUUUCAAGGGCGGCUUCAUGGGAUUCGUCACAUACGAAAUGGGCCUGAGUUCUCUAAGCCCGGAAUCGAUCUCCAAGAACAGAGGCCAUCACAGACCAGACCUUUGCUUUGCCUGGAUCUCCAAGAGUCUCGUUCUCGACCAUCAAGCCGGGGUGGCUUACGUUCAGGCUCUGACGCCAACACCCGCCGAUUCAUGGAUCGACGAUGUGGUGGCCAAGUUGCAGACUUCUCGGGCGUGGCAGCAGCCGGGAUACGGAUCGGAGGAGUAUAAAUCUAUUGCUGCAAAGAGGCAGCCCAACGAGGCAUUGCUGAAGAGCAUCCAAGAGCCAACGGGCAGGUUGCGCUUUAAGACCCCAAAGCCGGCCAAGUACGACGACGACGUCCGCCAGUGUCAGAGUGCCAUUGCCGAGGGACAAUCGUAUGAACUUUGUCUUACGGCGCAAACGACCAUGACUCGCCCCCGUGGAAACGACGUGCCACGCCACUUGCAACAGCCAGCGGUAACAAAUGGCAGUUCCAACGGCGUAUCUGCAUCCUCCUCAUCAUGGCCAGCCGAUGAAGCAUCCAGGCACGGCACCCCAUGGCAGAUUUACCGCACCCUUCGAGCCCGCCAGCCAGCCCCCUUUGGCUCCUUCAUCCGCCUCGCCGGAGCCACCAUCCUCAGCAGCUCUCCAGAGCGAUUCCUUGCCCACGACGCCAAGGGUCUUUGCUCCAUGCGACCCAUGAAAGGCACAGUCCGCAAAUCCGAGGCCGUAUCUACGCUGGCACAGGCCGAGAAGCUCCUCCACAUCCCCAAAGAAGAGGCAGAAAACCUCAUGAUUGUGGAUUUGGUCCGACACGACCUCUACGGCGUAUGUGGUGCCCGUCGCGUCACAGUACCGGAUCUUCUCAAGGUGGAAGAGUACUCUAGCGUCUUCCAAAUGAUCACCGUCGUCAACGGCCAGCUACCUUCUUAUCACAACAACAAGAACACGAACACCAAUUCAGUUCCCAACGGCCUCGACGUCCUCGCCGCCGCCCUCCCCCCUGGCAGCAUGACCGGCGCGCCCAAGAAGCGCAGCUGCGAGAUCCUCCACACCAUCGAGCCCACCGAGCGGAGCAUCUACUCGGGCGUGGUUGGAUUCCUCGAUGCUCGCGGCCAGGGCGACUGGAGCGUCACCAUCAGGACAAUGUUCCGCUGGGAUGACGAACGGGCACCGCCCCUGGAAGGGGAAGGGGAAACGCAGCCGAGAGAAGUCUGGCGGAUUGGAGCAGGGGGUGCGGUUACGAUUUUGAGCACGCCCGAGGGAGAGACGGAGGAGAUGUUUACAAAGCUUUGUGGGCCGUUGGGCGUUUUUAAAGAUGCAGCAUAAAGAACCAACUCCUAUUUGAUUUCUUUCUCUGUUUUAUUUCUUUAUUUUUUUCUUGUUUGGGUUUGGUUUAUGGGGAGAAACAUGGAAUUUUGGGACUAAAGAACGGAAGAUGAUCUAUACUUCAACGUAUGCAUAGCUGGUGUUCAUGGGCAUGGUUCAACAUUAUAUAGAUAGAUGCGAUGACGCACGAGCGAAUCUUCACUUCGAACAGAUGAACAGAAAUAUCUCUUCAAUAGACAGAAAAAAAAAUUACCUGACGAUUU